AUGAUCCUUUCGAAAACACAUCUUUCACACUCAAUUUCAUCCGUUUUUUCGAGAGGUCAUUAUGAAAAAGAAAGAAGUCUCUCAACAGCAAUACCACUUCAAGAGAAUGAUGAUGGACAUUCCCUUCUAGAUCACGAAGACAAUCUCUUUCAGGCAUUAAUGAAAGACCCUGAAAUAGUGUGUGAUGAAAUAGUGUUAUCCGAGUCUUGUACAAGACAACCAACCUCCGGCAUGAUGGGCAGUGAAUCCUCUCUCCGGAACAUCACCUUAUCAUCAUACAAAAAGUAUGAAGAAUGUCGGAAAUGUUGGAAUAGAGCAAUUGAUAAAUAUCCCUCUCUCAUCUUGUAUUGCAGUUCUCAAUUACACGUCAUUUCAUGUAUUCAAUGGAUUCGGAGGAACGUUGUCAAGACGACUCUUCCAACUCAGUAUCCCAUUCGUAUUCGUUCGGGUUCACACAGUUAUGAAGGUUUUUCAACAGACAAUAAGGCCAUUGUGAUUGACGUUUCUCGAAUGAAAAACAUUUCCUUAAACGAGAAAGAGAGCACAGUGACCAUUGAGGCAGGUGUGCAAAAUGCAGAGCUGAACAAAGCUUUACAUGAAGCAGGUGGUCAACAUGUAUUUCCAGGAGGUGCAUGUCCUACUGUUGGAGUGGUUGGAUACUCAUUGGGAGGAGGUUGGAGUUUUGCUUCGAGAGCCUUUGGUUUAGGUUGUGACAAUAUUGUCGGCUUGGAAAUAGUUGAUUUCAAUGGUCAUGUUCUUAAAGUUAAUGAGAAAGAGAAUGCAGAUUUGUUUUGGGCUUGUCGAGGAGCUGGAGCUGGCAAUUUUGGCAUUGUCACUUCCAUGACAUUGCGAAUCCAUCAAGUAAAACAACCAAUGGCCUCCUUAAUCAUGAUGAAUUACUCACAUUGCUGUCCUGUGAAAAUGGCAUCCAUGGUGAACUCAUGGCAAGACACGAUGAAUCAUGCACCUUCGAGAUUCAAUGGUAAGAUUAACAUUUAUCAUUGCGACAAGGAUGGAAUUGGUUUCAGUAUGAUUGCGAUGCUGUUAGGUGAGAAACAAGAAGCUGUGAAUUGCUUACAGGAUUUCUUGAGUAAGUGUCCUGAUGAACCAGGAUGGGACAUUGGUGGACAAUCAUCGUGUGUGGCAACAGUCAAAUACAUGCCAAUUCAUGAGGUUUUCAAGGCAAUUGGAGACAUUCAUCCAGAGUAUGAAAUAUUUAAAUCAUCAGGUAGAUUUGCAAUGAGAGAUUUCACACUUGAAGAAAUUGAAAAUUUCAUUAAGAUUGUCCAAAACAAGCCACAAGGUUCCAUUUAUGCAGCAAUUUCUCUGUAUGGAUUGGGAGGAGCAAUUCGUGAGACACCAAAAGAACAUACAGCAUUUGCUUAUCGAGAUGCUAAGGCAAUCAUUGGAAUUCAAACUCAAUGGAACGAUUCAUCAACACAUGCCAAAGAGAAUUCGAAAUGGGUGGUGGAGAUGAUGAAAUCAAGAAUUAUUCCUCUCACAUGUGGUUCUUUCAUUAACUUCCCUCUUCUUGAAUUGGAGAACUACAAACAAGAAUAUUUUGGACGUGAUCCAGAGACAUUGAAACGACUGGAACGAAUUAAGCAACAAUAUGAUCCAUUAAGGUUUUUCACAUUUCCACAGGGACUGUAG